AUGCGGGGCAUCUUGGAAGCCCUCCAGCGUGCGUCCGACUAUUCAGCACAAUAUUGUCUUGACAAUCCGCCUUGGGCGUUGCGAUGGCGCUCAAAACGAACUUUUAUCAUCGCUACAGUGGCCAUUAGUCUCGUCACUGAUUUGUUCCUUUACGGCCUUGUUGUCCCAGUGCUUCCGUUCAUGCUCAAAGAGCGGCUCAACAUCCCGGACGGAGACGUCCAAACUUAUAUCUCUAGGCUGCUAGCAGCUUACGCCGGAGCUUCUGUCCUCUUCUCCAUACCUGCCGGCUGGAUCGCAGACCGCACAAACUCACGCCAGGCACCCUUUCUUUAUAGGCUCACAGCGCUACUCCUUACCACUAUCAUGCUUACCGUUAGACAGAGCAUUAGCGUACUCGUCGUGGCGAGAAUCCUUCAGGGGAUCAGUGCUACUACUAUCGGCCUAGCCAUAGUGCUCGAUACGGUCAGGGCAGAAAACUUGGGCAAGGUGAUAGGCUCGAUUUUCUCGUUCAUUUCCGUUAGGGAGCUUUUAGCGCCUAUUCUCAGUAGUAUACUAUACGACAAGACAAGCUAUAGAGGAGUAUUCGGUAUAGCUUCCGCCGUCCUUACGCUAGACUUCGUUAUACGGCUGCUCAUCAUCGAGCGCAAGACAGCCAUUAAGUACGAUCCGUCUCUAGACGACAGUUACUCAAACCCUCGUAACUUUAAUACGAGGGGCCAGAGUGUUAAAGAUAACAGUACUAGCAACGGCGAUCCUUCCCAGCCGGACGAAGAGAGUACUCUUCUACCAAAAAGUAACAACGAUAACGACGAAAAGUACAAGAUCCACGACGAGCCUAGCCGAAUCGUCCACGCGCUCCCCCUUCUCUACUACUUCCGCAACCCACGGCUCCCCAUAGCCCUCUCCCUUACCUUCGUUCAGGCAUCCCUUCUUUCCGUCUUCAACGCGACCAUCCCUAUAGAAGCCAAAGACCUCCUAAGCUUCUCGUCCCUAGAAGCUAGCUUACUCUUCAUCGCCCUCGACAUUCCAUACUUAAUCCUAGGACCGGCAGUAGACAAGUACGGCACAAAGCCAGCUGCGGUGAUUAGCUUUGGAUAUCUCGUCCCGACGCUCGCCCUUCUACGCAUACCGAGUAAAGCCGCUAAGGCAUCGAGCGAGCAGCAUACCACUCAACAGUUUUGCGCUAUGCUAGCCCUCAACGGUAUCGGCCUAGCCAUUAUCGGGUCUCCGAACAUUGUCGAGGCCAGCGACAUUGUACAGCGCUACAACAAGGCGAACCCGGGCUUCUUCAGCGCCAAUGGGCCCUAUGCACAGCUCUAUAGCUUCAACUCGGUCUUCUUCUACUCCGGGCUAGCCCUUAGGCCGCUCGUAGCUAGCAUUCUCAGGGAUAACAUUAGAUAUGGCAAUAUAAAUGCCGUCUUUGCGACGCUAGCUAGUGUUACGGCUGUGCUAUCGUUCUAG